AUGUUCGCUUCCCGACUUUCGACUGCGUCCCGUCGUGGCGCUUCGACGGCCAUUACCCGUUCCUUCUUCCAUCUUUCAACCACACAACACAAUGUCCUAUUAACUCCGUUCAUUAUCCGACCAUUCUCCCAAGUGACGUUUACAUUCAUCGAUGGAGAAGGCGAGAAAAAGACAGUAACAGCCAAUGAAGGCCAAUCAUUAUUGGACGUGGCUCAUGAGCACGACGUGGAGCUAGAGGGUGCCUGUGGUGGAGAAUUGGCGUGUUCCACGUGUCAUUUGGUGUUUGAAAAGCGUAUUUUUGAGCAAUUGCCAGCGAUGAGCGAGGAAGAAGAAGAUAUGCUUGAUUUAGCAUGGGGUCUUACGAAUACUUCACGAUUGGGCUGUCAAAUUGGUGUGACAAAAGCCAUGGAAGGCAUGACAGUGCAGAUUCCAGAUGAAACGGAUAAUCUCAUGUAG